AUGAACACAGAAGGACUGGCCCUGGAUCAUACCCCCAGGGCUGUCACGCUCUCUGCACCCGCCCCUCUGUUCCCUCCUCCCGGGCAGUCGCGUUCUGACGUCGCUGGGGCUGUGAAGCUGGUGGAGCCGGAAGAAAAGAUGGCCGAUCAAGAAGAGCAUCUAUCCGACGAGGAUAAGGUACGUGUAGCAGCCAACUUCAUCAUCCACGCGCCGCCAGGAGAGUUCAACGAGGUCUUCAAUGACGUGCGAUUGCUGCUCAACAAUGACAAUCUCCUCAGGGAAGGUGCAGCUCAUGCGUUUGCACAGUAUAACCUGGAUCAGUUCACUCCAGUGAAGGUUGAGGGAUAUGACGAACAGGUCUUAAUCACGGAGCAUGGAGACCUGGGUAACGGCCGCGUCCUGGACCCGAAGAACAAGAUCUCGUUUAAGUUUGACCACCUCCGCAAAGAGGCGAGCGACCCCCGGCCUCAGGACCCGGACACCUCCAUCGAGGGCUGGAGGAACGCAGUGGACUCUGCUGUGAGGGGCUACGUGAAGGAGCACUACCCCAACGGAGUCUGCACCGUUUAUGGGAAAAACAUUGACGGGCAGCAAACCAUCAUCGUCUGCAUCGAGUGCCAUCAAUUUCAACCAAAAAACUUCUGGAACGGGCGCUGGAGGUCGGAGUGGAAGUUCAGCACCUCUUCUCCAUCUACUCGGGUGGCUGGCAUCAUGAAAAUACAGGUUCAUUAUUAUGAGGAUGGGAACGUGCAGCUGGUGAGCCACAAAGAGGUCAAGGAAGAUAUGACUGUGUCUAAUGAGGGGAACACCGCAGACCAGUUUGUGAACAUCAUGAAGAAUGCAGAGACCGAAUACCAGAUGGCCAUCAAUGAGAACUACCAGACGAUGUCGGACACCACCUUCAAAGCCUUACGCCGCCAGCUCCCUGUGACGCGCACCAAGAUCGACUGGAACAAGAUCCUGAGCUACAAGAUCGGGAAAGAGAUGCAAAACGCUUAG